UGACGUGAAGGUUAAAGAGUCACCGCCUCCGAAAUGGAUAAACAACAAAGAUGGAGUUGUGAACUGAGAGCUACGCAGACACCUUUAGUAAAUGUUUGUGGUUUUUUUCUGAUAGACUUUUAAGCGUCUAAAUGAUAAAGCUGACGUAGUACAGUAAUAUUGGAUGUAGUUCAUGACCGUUAGUCGUCUUGAGAAGCUGUCUAAGAGGUAACAAGUCGGUUUCUAGGAAACGACUCAACAACAAAGCUUUGUUGCUAGCUCGUUUUCACUCAGCGUGCUAAGCUAGUGGAUACGCGAAGACAAAAAUGGAGAAGAGGAACUUCCUGAAGGGGCUGCCUGUCUACAACAAAAACAGCUUCACCAGGUUCCAUGCAGACUCCGUAUGUAAAGCAUCAAACCGUCGGCCGUCUGUGUAUCUUCCUACACGAGAAUAUCCAUCAGAUCAGAUCAUUGUGACAGAGAAGACAAACAUCCUACUGCGGUAUCUACAUCAGCAGUGGGAUAAAAAGAAUUCGGGGAAGAAGCGAGAGCAGGAGCAGACAGAAGAGGAUAGCGCAGCACCUCCGCGAAAGAUGGCGCGAACGGAUAGUGAGGAGCCCACCGAGGACUCGUAAAGAACCACACUGCUUCCUCCGUUCUCCCAGAGACUCGACUGCUUCAACAGAAUCCACUCAGACAUGCGGCGUGUUUGCAGACGUGGUGGUGCGGUAAACAGUGCUGAUGGUUUCGAACCGCAGUUGUCCCAGCAGCCCCCCACAGUGUGACUCCAGGUUUACUCCAGCAGCUCUUUUACCUACCAAGUCUCCAUGUCUCUGCUGUAGAGUGGGAGUCUUAACAUGACCAUACUUCUACCUCGUCUGCCCUCCAUCCUGUUUUGUUCUUCUUCUCGUCCUAUACAGUCUCGUUUGUACGCAGCAUAUGAAGUUCUAAUUGUUGCAGAGCUUAUGUAUGCAAUAAUUCACGCAUAUGCAUAUGUUGCUAUCAUUCUGGUUCGUGCUCAAUCAGGUAUUUUCCACUUUCAUAAUUGGUAAUGAAAGGAGGCAUUUCAAAUAUGUUCUAGUUUCAUCUUUAAUGUUGAGUGGUUUAUGAUGAUUUAUUGAUUCUGGGCUUUCUGCAUUAAAAGACCUGAAUGCUGAAGGAAAUGA